AUGGCAAACCUCCGAAAAACCCACCCCCUACUAAAAAUUGCUAACGACGCCCUCGUAGACCUACCCGCCCCAUCAAAUAUCUCAGCAUGAUGAAACUUCGGCUCCCUAUUAGGCCUCUGCCUAGCCACACAAAUCCUCACAGGACUAUUUUUAGCCAUACACUACACCUCAGACAUCUCAACGGCAUUCUCCUCAGUAACACAUAUUUGCCGAGACGUAAACUACGGCUGACUUAUCCGAAACAUCCACGCAAACGGAGCUUCCUUCUUCUUCAUCUGCAUCUACCUACACAUUGGCCGAGGACUAUACUACGGAUCUUACCUAUACAAAGAGACAUGAAACAUCGGAGUAAUCCUACUGCUCCUAGUAAUAAUAACCGCUUUCGUAGGCUACGUACUCCCAUGAGGACAAAUAUCCUUUUGAGGGGCAACCGUAAUUACCAACCUACUCUCCGCCGUCCCCUACGUAGGAGACACCUUAGUCCAAUGAAUUUGAGGCGGCUUCUCCGUAGACAAUGCCACCCUCACACGAUUCUUCGCAUUCCACUUCCUAUUUCCAUUCGUAAUUGCAGCCGUUACAGUACUACACCUAUUAUUCCUCCAUGAAACAGGCUCAAACAACCCAGCAGGAUUAAACUCAGACGCCGACAAAAUUUCAUUCCACCCAUACUUCUCCUACAAAGACCUAUUAGGAUUCGUAAUCCUGUUAAUAUCCCUAACAUCUUUAGCUCUAUUCUCCCCAAACCUACUAGGAGACCCAGAAAACUUCACACCAGCCAACCCCCUAGUGACUCCUCCACAUAUCAAACCAGAAUGAUACUUCCUAUUUGCCUACGCCAUUCUCCGAUCCAUCCCAAACAAAUUAGGAGGGGUGUUAGCACUACUAUUCUCAAUCCUAGUACUCAUACUAGUACCAAUCUUACACACAUCAAAACAACGAGGACUAACUUUCCGUCCAAUCACACAAUUCCUAUUCUGAACCCUGGUCGCAGACGUUGUAGUACUCACCUGAAUCGGAGGAAUGCCAGUUGAACAUCCAUUUAUCAUCAUCGGACAAGUAGCAUCAGUAUUGUACUUCAUACUAUUUCUAAUCUUAACACCAUUAGCUGGACUGGUAGAAAACAAAAUACUCAAAUGAAACU